UUACGUUACCAUUUCGCCCUUCUUCCCCGUCGAAUUCCUGCUAGUCCCCUCUCCCGCCCGCCUCUGAAACCUCCCACCUCGCGCCGAUUCCCCACCGCCACCCUUCUCCUGAAACCCUGGCCCAGCCGCGCAUCGAUGGAGGAGGACAGCAGCGGCCGUGGCCCCAGCGUCGACGGGGAGGUCUCGACGUCCGCCGCCGCGCCCGCGCUUCCGGGUGGGAGCGGCUCCAGCGGAGGAGGAGGAGGGCUGCUGCGCGAGCGCGACGUCGUCCGCGAGGUCUUCGACCUGCUCGUUGCCGAGGGCUACGUGACGGAGGUUCCAUCCUCCGGACCCCAGCCGCACCGCCGCUUCCUCGCCGACGCCCGCCUCGGACUGCUUCGCGCGAGGAUCAAGAAAUUAGAGAAUAUGUCAAUCCAUCAGAUGAUCUCUACACAAGAAAUCGAUACGCGCGCCCCACCAUCCUAUGCCCAUGACUCCAGGCUUGAAGAGCAAAAUGUUGAUGCAACAACGAACUUUGAUUUGCUGGAAGAAAGAAAUGGUACUGACGACGCUUUUUCUACCAGGUCAAACACAUUAUAUAGACAAAUUCGUGAAGUACUAUCCUGCAUAUUUGACGAGCCAAGCCGCCUUAGACAGGGGACAUCUGAGAAAAAAAAAGUAAAUGUUGGGUUGACGCAAGAUUGUCCUGGUAAAGAAAUAGUGGAAAGUGAACCUAGCAAUGAGAACAUUCAGGUGGCAGAGAAGAAUCUGAUGGAGAAAUUGAACAAAGUGCUUAUUGACUGUGUCUUUUUUGCUCUACCACAAGUUCUGAUAUUUUACCCAAGAUAUGAAGUGAAACCUAAAGUUGACUCUGAGACAAAAUCUGUGCAAUGAUUGAGCUUAUUUGCAAUGAUCCAAGAUGCAGAUAAUUUCAACUCUGAGAAAAUCGCCGUGAUAGCAUUUUUCGUCGUAUUUGCCAGUGUUUGGUUUCUGGGUUUACUUCUUACCCAAUUUGGUCAUGGGAAAAGCUGCACUUCCCUAGCUGCUGCGUUUACUUUUUGUACAGCCAUUUGUACCAUUGCCUUUAUAGAUUACAGCCUUUGGAAGUGUUUACCCAAUGACCUUUUGUACAUGGUGUUGUUCGGUAUACACUGUCUAGCAAUGUGUUUUGCGAUAGGGUAUGUCUGGCGUACAUAUGUGGGAGUGGAACUGGGACUACCAACUCUUCCUACUUUUCGGCUUCCUUCUUUUUGGAUAAGAUUUAACUAUGAAUAGUACAUUUACCUGUAUUUUGUUGGCUGGUGUCUACAGAAGAUCUUUCAUAGCAUGUGAGUUUGGCAUCGAGCUCGUGAGCCUAAGAAUCAGUUAUCUGAUCAUCUACUUCCAUCUGCAGAGCCUAAAAACCAGUUACCCAAUUCUGUAUCUUCGCCUGCCCCUGAGAUAGUUUGAUGAUUUGGUGGGUAUAUCAUUCUAACUCUGCAUAUUAUAUCAGUUAAAUUGCAUCAAUUAGCUUAUAUUGUGUGACAUACCUGCAGUCUACUUUGUGUCUAAUAUAUAAUGCAGUUUGAAAACACACAGGGUUUUACCUUCCUUCCUAGCAAAAGAAGCAAAUACUUGGAACUUUGCCUUCGUUAUUCUUUUCUCUUUGAUUUUGAACAUCCUUCUAUCACUCCAAGAACAUGGCAUGCCCGCUCCAUGCUUGAUCUAACUUUUGCCACUAAAUCGGUGUGUAGAUUUUACUUGGAACCCUCCACUGAUUAUUCAUGAUUUGUUUCUCUUCUCUCCAAUUAGUGGUUCAUGUGCCAUUUAAGUCCCUUUGGAUGAGAUAUAAAGGAUUUUCUGUUGCGAGUGCAUGGGUAUAUAGUUGCAUGCUGCGAAUGAUAAAUGAUCAGAAUCUUGGUGUACUUCAUUUUCAGGUGCAAUUGACCUUCUGCUCUUGGUGCUUGGACAGUACGAACUGGGGAAAUGAAUACUUUCUCAAAUACAAUGAAACAAAUAAGAAUGAAAUGCAUCAUUUGAUAUAUCAUCUCUGAAAUAAUGAUCUAUCACCAUCUUGGUAGUCCUGUCUAGCUUGGUUUAAGAAAUAUUGAUUGACCAAUGCCAUGGUAUCUCAGUGACUUUUUCCCCCUGCUUCGCUAUUUUGCUCCUUUGAUUGUCCAGAAUAGCUCGCUGAAUUUACCAUUUGCACUAACUGGAAGCUGCAAUUUUGUACUCCCUCUGAACCUAAAUUCUUGACUUAAAUUUGUCCAAAUAUGAAUGUAUCUAUUCUUCAAAAGCGUCUAGAUACAUGUAAUAUUUCGACAACAAUUUAGGAUCGGAGGGAGUACAUGCCUUACUGACCAUAUAGUGUUAUUGUGUUGCAGGUGCUAGAAGCAGUGGCUAACUAGCAGAGACAAUCCAUCUUAGAAAUGUGCACUGAUCCUUUUGGAGAAGCAAAUCUUGACGAAACUGCGAAUUUCACUGCAACGAACAGCAAGUGCUUACCAGCAAGUGGCUUUGAUCCUGUAUGCAAAAUGCAAACGGCAACAGCUUGUACAGAAACAAGUGCACUGACAACUAGCUCAUUGUAGUUCAUUCCUUUUGGGUAUCAAUUGGUCACUCUUGUAAAGAAAGUGUAUGCGGAGAGUGACUUGAUUAAAUUUGCACGAUUUUGUCCUGGUCA